AUGUCUACUCGAAUCUUCCAGCGCCCGUCCGCCGUGGAUUACAUCCUAGGUCCUACCCCUAUACCGACCUAUCCCAUAAAACCAACCGACAGGCGCGUCUCUGAGCCCAGCAAGGGUGUCCGAGCUGUCAGGGUUCCUCACUUGGUACGUCGAGAUGUAUCCGACUACCUCAGCCAGGCUUUCAACCUUGUCCGCCAUCUCGACAAUUCGGAGUGGGGAUCUCUUCUCGGCCACGCUGUUCUCAGCCAGAACCCAGUGCGAUACAUCGUCACUGAGCAUGACAGUGUUAGCGCCGCAGAGGUGCAUAUUCUCGACACAGCCGAUCGGAUAUUGCAUUUUGCCCUGGAACACGGUCUGUUGCCGGGCCCUCCGAGAAACCAAACCAACAACACCCCGAUGAUCCAGAGCUGGGGCGAGGCUACCCUGUCCGUCGAAUUCAAUGGCAAUCCCGACGAACGCCAUCAACUUCGAGCGGACCGCAUCUACUGCCGGACAUUGAAGACGCCCACUGAUCCUACUCCCAUUCCCAACCUCAACCGAAUCGGCGACAGGGUGGCAAGAAGCCGUUGCUUCAUGGUCUGGGAGGUCAAGGCUCAUCAUGCCCUGGAUAAAAACUCCCUGUACACAUCCGCUAAAGACGUGAAGAAUACUUUGGUCAACUUUGUCCACUACAAGAAGAAGCGUGGCCAAGACAAGGACAUCGAUGACGGACGCCUGCCCCAAACUCCACCGCCAAACCCUGACGACCAGAGCAACCGCCCUCACGGCUGGAAUACUGAAGACUGGUAUCUCAUUCUACAAGCAGCAGCGUACGCCUGCCUGUACCGCACCAAGUACGUGGCCAUUUUCUGCUGGGGUACCCUCUACUUGUUACACUUCAAGAACUUGAGCCUGUCUCCUGGGGUUACCGUCGAAGAGGUGUGGAAAAAAGGUCCGGGGGCGAACUGUGACAUCACUGUCGUGACGGACACCUCUCUUAUGGUUGCUGCCGUGGUUGGCUUCGCGAUUGAGGCUUACAACAACACGCCAAGGGAUGACAUUGAUGGUCCCUAA